UUAACACUUCUUCUCAGUUAGUAAUAGUUAUAGUAUUCCUCAAAAAUCAGGUCUCUCUCUCUCUCUCUAUAUGUGCGUGUGUGUGUACAAACGAACACAUACAUUAGCGUUGAGUGAAAUUGCUUUCUUAUAGCGUCUACCAACUGUUUGUGGAAAUGCCUAAGUGAAGUAUUUGAUGAUUUUUUUGGUUCUUUUUAAGAAUGGUUACUAUGAAGCAAACCCAAUUCUCCAUUCAAUAGGAUGAGCACUAGAAGUAGCUUUUUUACUGUGUGGAGUGUAUUGUGAAUUUCUAAACUCUUUGGCAAAUGGCAAGGAUGAUUGUUGGAUCAAUUGCUUCAAAGCGAUCAGUAUCUACUUUGUCUCAUCUCUGUGAGAGAAUUAAACAAACGGAGAAUGAGAUUGUUCAAAUGUUUCAAUUAUCUACUCCGAAAGAUGAAAUGCACAACUUGCCCAUGAGGGGAAAGCUACCAAGGAAGGACCCUGCAGUUCGGACAUUGGAUGAGAGAUUUAUAAGGAUUUUGAAAAUAUUCAAGUGGGGACCUGAUGCAGAAAAGGCAUUGGAAGUACUAAAGUUGAGAGUGGAUCAUCGCUUGGUACGUGAGGUUCUAAAGAUAGAUGUUGAGGUCAAUGUUAAGAUUCAGUUUUUCAAGUGGGCUGGGAAGAGGAGGAACUUUGAACAUGACUCGACCACAUACAUGGCUUUAAUCCAUUGCUUGGACGAAGCUGGGAUAAUUGGUGAAAUGUGGAAGACAGUUCAGGAGAUGGUUAGGAGUACAUGUAUUCUUGGUCCAGCUGAAUUAUCUGAGAUUGUGAAAGUCUUGGGUAAGGCUAAGAUGGUUAACAAGGCACUUUCUGUCUUCUACCAGAUAAAAGGUCGCAAGUGCAAACCCACGGCAAACACUUACAAUACCAUGAUCUUGAUGCUGAUGCAAGAAGGUCAUCAUGAAAAGGUCCAUGAGCUCUACAAUGAGAUGUGCAAUGAGGGCAACUGUUUCCCAGAUACAGUGACGUAUAGUGCACUUAUAUCAACAUUUGGGAAACUAGGUCGUGAGGAUUCUGCCAUUAGGUUGUUUGAUGAGAUGAAGGAGAAUGGCCUACAGCCCACUGCAAAGAUUUAUACAACAUUGUUGGGAAUUUAUUUCAAGUUAGGUAGCAUAGAGAAAGCUUUGGGUCUAGUCCAGGAGAUGAAAGAAAAAGGGUGUGCUCCAACUGUGUUCACUUACACAGAAUUGAUAAAGGGGCUUGGGAAAGCUCGGAGGAUUGAAGAGGCUUACGGUAUAUAUUUGAAUAUGCUCAAAGACGGUUGUAAGCCAGAUGUUGUGCUCAUAAACAAUAUGAUAAACAUUUUGGGAAGAGCAGGUCAUUUGCAAGAUGCUCUUAAGAUUUUUGAUGAAAUGGAGUAUUUUCAGUGCAAACCAAAUGUUGUGACAUAUAACACUGUAAUAAAAGCUUUAUUUGAAUCCAAAGCUGCAGCUUCUGAGGCUUCUUUAUGGUUUGAGAAAAUGAAGGCAAAUGGCAUUGCUCCCAGCUCGUUUACAUAUUCAAUUCUUAUUGAUGGUUUUUGCAAAACUAAUAGAGUUGAGAAAGCUUUAUUGCUUCUUGAAGAGAUGGAUGAAAAGGGUUUUCCUCCAAGUCCAGCUGCCUAUUGCAGCCUGAUAGAUAGUCUUGGAAAAGCAAGACGGUAUGAAGCUGCAAAUGAGUUAUUUCAAGAAUUGAAAGAGAACUGUGGGCGUUCAAGUGCUCGGGUGUAUGCUGUAAUGAUCAAGCACUUUGGAAAAUGUGGGCGUCUAAGUGAAGCUGUAGAUCUUUUUAAUGAGAUGAAGAUACUUGGAUGCAUUCCUGAUGUUUAUGCUUAUAAUGCACUCAUGUCAGGGAUGGUAAGGGCUGGCAUGAUAGAUGAAGCUCAUUCCUUGCUUAGAACCAUGGAAGAAAAUGGUUGCAAUCCAGACUUAAACUCACAUAAUAUCAUUCUAAAUGGUUUGUCUAGAACUGGUGGCCCAAAGCGGGCUAUGGAGAUGUUUACAAAGAUGAUGCAUUCAAAGAAUAAGCCAGAUGCAGUUUCUUAUAACACUCUUCUUGGCUGUCUCAGCCGAUCUGGUAUGUUUGAGGAAGCUGCUAAGCUGAUGAAAGAAAUGAAUUCAAAAGGUUUUAAAUAUGAUCUCAUCACUUACUCAUCAAUACUUGAGGCGGUUGGUAAGGUGGAUGAUGUUUGUGAUCCCAUCACUUCGUGAAAAAGCUAGGUCAGACUAUCACUCUUAGGUAGUGGAAGCAAGGUCAUCUCUCCUUGCUUAUAUCAACUCAGAAUGUGUGCAAGAGAGCCACAAAUGUCGAGCUACGGAUAGUGGUUGUGGCUUGAUCAGAUUGGGUGAUUGAAACCUACAGGAGACCUGGUGUGGCAAUUUAAUAUCGAACUGAGAAAUAUUGGUUGAAUUGGAGAAGAUUGUUUCUACACAAACAAAUUGCGGAAGAUCCUAUUCAUAAGUGGUUCUGUCUGUGUAAUAUCCCAAAUGAAAAUUGCUCUCUGCUCCAACACCUCCAUUACCUUGUCAGAUGAUUUAAGAGACAAAUUGGGAGAUUGAAUGGCUGGGAAUCUAAUAGUAUUAGAAGAUCUUAUAAAUUAGUUUAGAUUCUUGCUGCUUGGUCAUCAUUUCCUCUGUAGAGAAAAUUCAUGGCCAUGCUGUUUCCCAGAAAUGGAACAGUUAAAAGUUUGCAUAUAAGAAGUUGCAAGAUGUUUUCCAAUCCAUGUUGAUUCACCUCGUAGUUCUUAUGAAGAAACCAUAGGGAUGAAUACCAAUGAAAUUAGUUAGGUAUAGGCUCAGUUUGGAAUUUUGUUAUAUGCAACUCCUGACAACUUGUCUAAAUUUGAUGUAAAAGAAAAUGUUUAUAGAGCUUUUAAAGUGAAUACAAGCAGCUCGCACAUCUGUUCUCCUAA